AUGGGGAAUGAAGAAACAAAAACAACAAAGAGAGGAAGUCUUUCUGACAGAUACAAAUUAGAAAAAAAACCUGUUCAUAAAUUUAAGAUUUCUAAAAAAAAAAGAUUCUCUCUUAAAGAUGAUCUUCAACCAUCAAAUGUUCUUAAUUCUCCACAUACUUCACUUUCAAAUAGUUGUGAUAUUUUGUCUGCAGAUUUUGUUAAAUCAGAUGAUUCAAAAAAUUUACUUUCUUCAAGUCCAAGAAUUAAAAAAAUUUCUAACAACACUAAUCAACAAAAUUCUCCUUCUCCUUUUAGAACUCCUUCAAUUCAUUUAGACUCGCCAUUAAAUUCUUUUGACAUAAUGUCUUAUUCUCCACAAUUAACACCUACUUCAGAAUAUUGUUUAAUGAUUAAAAAAUGGUUUUCAUCUAUUAAAAAUGGAACAGAACAAGUAAUUAAUGGAUAUACGAUAUUAUAUGACUCAAAUUUUCUUCAACUCUCUUCAAGAGAUAUUUAUUCUGUUCUUUCUGGAAAAAAUAACUUUUUUAUUAUCGUACGAUUAUUUUCUGGAGAAUUAUUUGGAAGUUAUUAUUCAAAGACUGUUCCUUGUGAAAAUAACUCUACACGUGUUGAAAUAGACUCAGACCAAAAUCAUUUCAUCUUUGUUAUUCAAAAUUUCUCUACAAAACCUACUUUAUAUCAUCCUGUUAAUCUAAAAAAAUCAUUAAUCAUUCAUCCUAUCUCUAAUUCAGAUUUAGUUAUCACUAUUCCUGGUGCAUUUUGGGUUACUUCUGAUGGUAAAGUAUUUUCAAAUUCAAAUAUAAAUUUAACUUAUAAAAAUGCUGUUCCAUUAGCUCAUCGUGUUGUCCCUUAUUCUAAUCCAUUGUAUCAUCUUUCAAUUAUACAGUUAAUUCAUUAA